UCAGAUGUGGAGACAGCAUGAUUCAUGCCAUGGAGAUGGAAUAGGGUAAUCUAAAAGGCUGAAUGGUUUUCCAGUCUGGGACAAACAAGACAACGAUUAGUAUUACUCAAUGACGACCCUAACUCCAAAUAACCCAGACUCCGUCUAUGCUUUUACUGUUAAGGAUGCUGAGGGAAACGAUGUGGAUCUCAAUAUUUACCAAGGAAAAGUGAUGUUGAUUGUUAAUGUUGCUUCCAAAUGUGGAAUGACAAAUUCCAACUACACAGAACUGAACCAAUUAUACGAGAAGUAUAAAGAUCAAGGCUUGGAGAUUCUUGCUUUUCCGUGCAAUCAAUUUGGAGAGGAGGAACCAGGAUCAAAUGUUGAGAUUUCUGAAUUUGUUUGCACCUGCUUUAGAUCGGAAUUCCCUAUCUUUGAUAAGAUUGAAGUAAAUGGUGAUAAUGCCUCUCCACUGUACAAGUACUUAAAGUUGGGGAAAUGGGGAAUUUUCGGAGAUGAUAUCCAAUGGAACUUCGCCAAGUUCUUGGUCAGUAAGGAUGGUCAAGUUGUUCAUCGUUAUUACCCCACCACUUCUCCACUUAGUCUUGAGUAUGAUAUAAAGAAGUUACUGGAAUAAUCAGUGACAAAGAGGAGGUAAGAUGAAAACCUGGCCGGUUAGUGCCGAGAGGUAAAGGCUAAGACUGAUCAACUGAUCAGAAUGUGAGCAUAAAAUAUUUGUUCUCAUCCACGAGUGUUUAGUUCAGGUUUGUAUGAUUUGUAUUGCAAAAUACUGUGUUAGAAUAAUGUUGGACCAUCAUCAUGUAUGUAUGUAUGUUUAUAUAUUGGGUGUAAGAGUUGCCUUAGUUUAAGAUCAAGCUCAAGGAGCUUGAGCUUAACAGUCAAGUCCCAAAACCCGCUUAAUCAGUAUUUGAUGCGUGUCCAGAUGAGAUAAAAUAACUUUUUAUAAAAAACCGAAUUCAUCUUUGUUGAAUGCACCCACUGAACCGAAUUUGAGCAACAUAAUGUAAAAGUUGUAUUCCUUGUAAACUACAAAGAGUGGAAGGUUCAUGCUCAAAGGACAUGUAUGAACUGAAUUCAUAUACUCCUUUACAUCUUCUUUUUUA